CAUGUCUCCACCUCUCUCCCUCUCGCAGUCCUCCUUCCUCCUCUCCUCCCUCCUCUCCACCCCUCCCCAUCGCCAAGACCAACGUCCCCUCCUCUCCGCACGCCCGUUCCUCCUCUCUCCGCCCAGCGACGACGAGGAUCAAGAGGGCGAAUCGCGGAUCUCCAUCGGUCAAACGAGCGUCAGCGUCCGCCUCACAACGAGCGUACUGCGCUCAGCAGACUAUGCAGAAGACACGGCGGAGGAGAGCGAAUCAUCAGCGGCGGACAUGGCUGGCGGGGGGAGUGCAGGCAGCGUGUGGAGCGUGGAUGUGCGUACGAGCCCUGGGUGUGAGGUUCCCGUCCUCAACGGGGGUAAUAGCAGCAAGACGGGGUGUUUGGAGCUCGACGCCAGUUUGGAGACGUUGCAGCAUCUCGUGCAUUCCCACCUUACCGCGGCGUUUGGCCGCCCAGAGCGACUUGGCCAGUUCAUCAUCCUACCCCCCUCUCACCCGAGCUCCGCACGCCCGCUACGAGGCGCAACGCAUUGGGCGCUAGGCGUGGACGUGCUUGUGCAUAGCAUGGCGGGUGGGAAUGUGUACGACGCUGCGUGGGCGGCAUUGUGCGCUGCGCUGUGGAGGGUAAGGCUGCCCAGGACGAAGGAAAUCGCUUACGCGCGUGCGCCGGGCAAGGGCGCGGGGGAUGGGGACGCGACGAUGGAGGAGGUAGGAAUUGCGAGUCUCAAGGGCAAGGCGAGCGCGAGUCGUGCGGUUGAUUUCGAGCUGGUAGACGGCAGUGGGCGCGGUGUACCUCUAGAGGGGCGGGAAGACGUAGGAACUGGUAUCACGCUCGGCAUGCUCCCCAACGGGUCUCACCUCCUCGACCCCACGCUAGAAGAAGCCCUCUGUCUCCCCUCAUCGCGUCAGCUCUUCCUCGUCGCAUCGCACGCCCCACCUCGAAUCCUCAUCACGCACCUACUCCCCUCCCUCCUCAACCUGACCGCGGGUGAGGCAAGUAACUCCGGCGGCGACAAUGGGGAUGCCGCACUACGAUUGCCUAUGCCACCGACAGGCGCGCGGGAGGGAAUCACCUGGGAGACGGGUGGGUGGGGUUCCCCCAGCUGGAGUAGGGUGAGAGAAGCAAUACAAGUAGGAGCGCAGAUGGCUACGCAGUUGGGCGGGGCGUUGCGCGGCGAGUUGGAGAAGGAGGAACGCGAGGCGGAGGGGAGGAGAUGAGGCGAGGCGAGGCGAAGGAGCAGGUAUGAGCGCGAGCGCAACGUGUGAUCGAAUGGAGCUGUCAGCGAGCAGAAGCAUUGCGCACUUCGAGGCAUGGCGCUGGCUAUCCUCUUGACGAGCUUUCUCGCAGCGUGUGACUUUUGACCUCGCAUCGCGCUUCUCUCCUGGUGCCACGUUUCAUUGCUCAUGCCAGUAUCCACAACUUUGCCAGCAAUGCCUAGACAGUCGAGCUCUUUCGUUGUAUUCGCAGCCCGAGCAGCCAUUUGCU